CGGUCAAACAACCCACGAACUAAAAAUCCAAAAUUGCAUUCUUCUCUUCCCGAAGUCGGCUCCUCUGAAAAGUCAAAAGUCUCAAUCCCCUAUUUUUCCCCCACCCAAAAUUAUUUUACCAAAAUAUUUUUCUCCUUUCUCAAAUUGACCCACGAAAACUUCGUCCCGGAAAAGGAAAAUUCCUCCUUCGCAAUAACCCUUUCCCCCAAAACCCUAAGGGAAGCAACCCCCUCGUCGCCGGAGACAACCACCGAUGUCCGCCCGCUCCUCCCCGCUCCCCGCCUGCCUCCGCCCGACCACCGCCGACGACCCGCCGUCCACGGUGGCCGGAAAGCCCAACCUGACCACCAGCCUCUACCACACCCCCCUCGGCCUCUUCUCCCUCACCUGGUCCCUGACCCGGCUCGGCCGGACCCUCCAGCUCCGCCUCUCCGACCCGCCCGCCGCCUCCCCCUCCUCCCCCUCCUCCUUUUCCGACUGUGACUACGGCUCUACCUUCUACCCCGCCGCCUCUCCUCUCGCCUCUCCGUCCUCCCAGCCGCCGCCGCCGCCGCCGCCGCUGCCGUCGUCGUCCUUCGCCCCCUCUUUCAGCCUCGACGUCAAGCCCUUCGCCUUCUGGAACAAGCGCGGGUCCAAGAGCUUCGGCAGAGCCCGGGUCUUCUGGGACCUCUCGCGGGCCAAGUUCGGGUCCGGGCCCGGCCCGGUCUCCGGGUACUACGUGUCCGUGGUGGUCGACGGCGAGGCGGUCCUCCUCGUGGGCGACCGCCCGAAGGAGGCGCACGCGAGGACGAAGGCGCGGGGGCCCGAGCGGAGUGCCCAGGCGCUGGUCCUGCGGCGGGAGCACGUGAUCGGCCGCAGGGCAUUCGCGACGGCCGCGAGGUUCGGUGGGAGGGACAGGGAGAUCUCGAUCGAUUGCACCACGGACGCCGACGCGAGGCUGUGCUUCGAGGUGGACGGCAAGAGGGUGCUGCAGGUGAAGCGUCUGAAGUGGAAAUUCAGAGGUUGCGAGAGGGUCGAGGUGGACGGCGUCCCGAUGCAGGUCUCGUGGGACGUUUACAGCUGGCUGUUCGAGGGUUUCCGCUACGGGCACGCCGUGUUCAUGUUCCGAUUCGACAAGGUCGGCCUCGAGGAGGAGGAGGACGGCGGCGGUGAGGGAGCAGCAGGGGAGAGCGGGCGUAACGGGAACGGCCUUUUGUGGUCGGGGAGAUUCGGGAUGAGCGGGCAGGAGCAUGAGAAGAUGAGGAAGAGCAUGUCGCGGGCGGCCGGAAUGAGUUACUCGUCGUCGACCACGUCGGUGUCGGCCUCCUCGUGGUCGGCCUCAUCGGGUGGGGGCAAUUCAGUGAUGGAAUGGGCAACGACGGAGGAGAACGAGAUGGGGGCUCUGGGCGGGUUCUCGCUGAUGGUCUAUGCUUGGAAGAAGUGAAGGAUGAUGGGAGCCAAUCCAACGUUCUCUGCGCCUGCGGUAAUCUUGGAAGAUUAGAAAUCUCUCUAUUAACUCAAAUUCUUUUCCAUGGACAUAAUAUCGUGAUUUCUAUAGCUUUUAGAAGGAACGAAGACUCUGUAGAUUGUAUUGGUACUACCCAGUUUAGCAUUAGAUCUAACAGCAAUCUCCUUGUUGGGAUGGAUUCAGAUAGGUAGACAUAUAGAUCAGUAAAAUUCUUUUGGUAAUAUAAUCAGGUGAUGAUUUAGCUUGGGAAUUCUUUGUAAGUGGCCAUUUCCUGUAUGGUGAAUUUCUACUCACACGAGCAAUUCUUCUUCUGCUGCUG